GGAAGAGGCGGCUUUAGAGGCGGCCGUGGCGGUGGCCGUGGCGGCUUUUCGGCCCCACAGGGCCCACCGGAAUCUGUUUUGGAAAUGGGCUCGUUCUUGCACGCGUGCGAGGGCGACAUUGUCUGUCGCUCCAUCAACGUCAAGAUCCCUUACUUCAACGCCCCCAUAUACUUGGAAAACAAGACCCAGGUGGGCAAGGUCGACGAGAUCUUGGGCCCCUUGAACGAGGUCUUCUUCACAAUCAAGCCCUCCGACGGCGUGCAGGCGGCGUCCUUCAAGGACGGAGACAAGUUCUUCAUUUCGCCCGACAAGUUGCUUCCCUUGGAGAGGUUCUUG